ACUCCCGCCAUCUCCGUGCUUCCCCGUUUUCCAGGCUGCCCUCUCUCCAUCUCUGUCCCUCGGGUCCCCUCAUUUCAUUAGACAGAGGAGCUGAGCUCCUGAGCCUGUCAGCGGACUCACCGAGGAAAGAAAUCUACGGCAAGGCUCCCGUGCAGCUCACAGACUCACCGCUGCACCGCCAACGAGGCCAGAAAAAGGACGCGAACAGAUAAAGACUCCGCAGCCGGAGCCAGAGCGAAGAGCCCCGGACACCACGGCUGCCCGCACAGAACAGUAGAAGCCACCGCCGGCAGCCCCCAGACCUCGGGUACGGAUGCAGAGGCCGCCACCGGCCCCGCGGCCCGUGCUGCUGCUGCUAACGGAUGUUACCGAUGCUGCUCACCGGGGCCACCUCCGGGCCAGAAGGCCGGAACAGCUUCCUCUCUGCCCUGCUUCUGUGCAUCGCUAGCUCCCAAUUUCUAAUGCGGGGUGCAGGCAGCUGAUCAGUCAAACCCAUGACGUAUGCCCAUCCCUGCCGUAGGCCACAAGAAGCCAGACAAAAGCAUCCGGCGUUUUCGCUUCUACGGUGGAGACAGACUGCUUCCCACCCAACCUCAUACAGUGGGAAGAUUGCUUCCCAAGAGGAGCCUGCUGCUGAAAACUCAUCAUCACACGUCUAGACGCCACACAGGAGGAAAAAUCCAUCACGGGGACACUUACCACCUAAGUCAAAUGCAUUUGAAGACUAAACUGAUGGUGGGUUGAAAAUCUAUUUCAUAAGCAAGUUCUUGCCUGUGACAGUGUGUUUGCCAACAUGGCCCCCAAAAAGAAGACUGUCAGAAAGAGCAAAGGAGAUAUCAAUGAGAUGACCAUAAUCGUAGAAGAUAGCCCCCUAAACAAACUAAAUACUUUGAAUGGGCUCCUAGAGGGAGGCAAUGGCCUUAGCUGUAUUUCUUCUGAAUUAACAGAUGCUUCUUAUGGCCCCAACCUCUUGGAAGGCUUAAGUAAAAUGAGGCAGGAGAACUUCCUUUGCGACCUAGUUAUUGGCACCAAAACAAAGUCCUUUGACGUUCACAAGUCAGUGAUGGCUUCGUGCAGUGAAUACUUUUACAACAUCCUAAAAAAAGACCCAUCUACCCAAAGGGUGGAUCUCAAUGAUAUCUCACCGCUGGGCCUGGCUACUGUCAUCGCAUACGCCUACACCGGAAAGCUGACGCUCUCUUUGUAUACAAUAGGAAGCAUUAUUUCUGCUGCUGUCUAUCUUCAGAUCCAUACCCUUGUAAAGAUGUGCAGUGAUUUUCUGAUCCGAGAGAUGAGUGUUGAGAAUUGCAUGUACAUUGCUAACAUUGCUGAAACAUACUCCCUGAAAAAUGCAAAAGCAGCAGCCCAAAAAUUUAUCCGGGAUAACUUCCUUGAAUUUGCAGAAUCAGAUCAGUUUCUGAAACUUACAUUUGAGCAAAUUAAUGAACUUCUUAUAGAUGAUGACUUACAGUUGCCUUCUGAAAUAGUAGCAUUCCAGAUUGCAAUGAAAUGGUUAGAAUUUGACCAAAAGAGAGUGAAAUACGCUGCAGAUCUUCUGAGCAAUAUCCGCUUUGGUACCAUCUCAGCACAAGACCUGGUCAAUUAUGUUCAGUCUGUACCAAGAAUGAUGCAAGAUGCUGAUUGUCACAAACUUCUUGUAGAUGCUAUGAAUUACCACUUACUUCCAUAUCAUCAAAACACAUUGCAGUCUAGGCGCACGAGAAUCCGCGGGGGCUGUCGAGUCCUUGUCACUGUUGGGGGACGUCCAGGCCUUACUGAGAAGUCCCUUAGUAGAGACAUCCUGUACAGAGACCCUGAAAAUGGAUGGAGCAAGCUGACAGAAAUGCCAGCCAAGAGUUUUAAUCAGUGUGUGGCUGUGAUGGACGGGUUUCUUUAUGUGGCCGGUGGUGAAGACCAGAAUGAUGCAAGAAAUCAAGCCAAGCAUGCAGUCAGCAAUUUUUGCAGAUACGAUCCGCGCUUCAACACCUGGAUACACCUGGCCAACAUGAACCAGAAGCGCACGCACUUCAGCCUGAGCGUGUUCAACGGGCUCCUUUACGCCGUGGGCGGCCGCAAUACCGAGGGCAGCCUGGCCUCGCUCGAGUGCUACGUGCCCUCCACCAAUCAGUGGCAGCCCAAGACGCCCCUGGAGGUGGCGCGCUGCUGCCACGCCAGCGCGGUCACCGACGGCCGCGUGCUGGUGACCGGCGGGUACAUCGGCAGCGCGUACUCGCGCUCCGUGUGCGCGUACGACCCGACCGGCGACUCGUGGCAGGAGCUGCCGGGCCUGAGCACGCCCCGAGGCUGGCACUGCGCGGUCACGCUGGGCGACAGGGUGUACGUGAUGGGGGGCAGCCAGCUGGGGCCGCGCGGGGAGCGCGUGGACGUGCUGACGGUGGAGUGCUACAGCCCGGCCACCGGCCAGUGGAGCUACGCGGCGCCGCUGCUGGUGGGCGUGAGCACGGCGGGCGCCUCGGCGCUGCACGGCCGCGCCUACCUGCUGGGGGGCUGGAACGAGGGCGAGAAGAAGUACAAGAAGUGCAUCCAGUGCUUCAGCCCGGAGCUCAACGAGUGGACCGAGGACGACGAGUUGCCCGAGGCCACCGUGGGCGUGUCCUGCUGCACCCUCUCGAUGCCCAACAGCGUGACCCGGGAAUCCCGAGCCAGCUCGGUGUCCUCGGUGCCAGUCAGUAUCUGAACCCAGGUAGAUGCGGGGACGCAGGAAGGGCGAAUAGGCGUUCGUGGGUUACCUUUCGGUUAGCGAAAAGGAAAAUAUAUAACAUUUACUACAGUGAUUGUAUCUUACACUAUAUCGAGGCGUAUGUCUUGGUAGUUUUAAAUUCCUGGUGUGGCGGGCGUAAUCUACCUCUGUGUCUUUUAUUUUAUUUAUUUUCUUUUUUUUUUAAAGCCGAAUACAGGGCCCUGGCCAACAAAGAAAAGAAAGCAUUUAUUUCAGCGGCCACUGGGUGGCAGACAGAAUUCGUUGUAGGCACUCUUCCACCGGGGCAUGUUCCCUUCAUGGAUAGCGGUUACACCCACAUUUGAGAUUUUUCUUCUACCCUUUAGUACACAUGAGGCUUAUGUGAGUAAGCAGUUUCAUGCCUGAAAAUUUAUCUUCUUCUCUCGUCUUUUUCUUUAGGAAGUUAAAAGUAUUUAUUUAUAGCUUUUAUUUUAAAAUGGAAGUCCAUCUAUAUCCGUAAAGACUUAAUUCUACAUUUAAAUGCAGUUUCUUUUUCCAUACAUGAGAGUAAAGAAUAUUGAAAGGCGUCCCAUGAUAGUCAUAAAGCUUAAAACAAAGUUUGACUGGAAAGUAACAGGGAUUCCGCCCUGGGACUGUCACACUGAUCCCUCUGGUUUAUCCCUUAUUCUCUUCCUCUGUGCCUCAGUCCCCAUGGUAUUUGCUAUGAAAAAAACUGCUCUCAAAGAAGGAACUACUAGUCAUUUAGCUUAUGGUGUAAAUUUAGGUCAUUUUGUUGUUUCUCCUAGAAGUAUCUGCACUUUAACCUUUGUCCCCUAUUAAAGGAAUUGUGAGUAUCAUGGGAGCCUUACUCUGAUCCUAAAAACGACACCAAGAUGCAACCUUGACCCUAAUAUAAGCCCCAAGAAGAACACCAAAUAAGACUAUGGCCAUAAGGACCAUUAACUUAAAGCUUAUAUAGCCCAAAGGUUAUGCAUCUGAUGCCAAUAAUUUGAUUUUCCCCCAUUUUUUAUAUGGAUGAGAAUGAAGAGAACAUUUGGAAUUCUUGGGUUUGGCAAUAACAGGAUAAACGGCUUUUCCUGUUAGUAAAUGUCACUGUUUCCAAUUUCAUAGCAAUCCUCCUGAUUUCUUAAUUAAAACUCUAACACAUUCAUUUCACAUGGAAAUAUCAAUGCCCAUUCUGUUCUAUAUGUUUUAACGUCAUCUGCUCCAAAUUAGCUUUGCAAAUGAAAGUGUAUCCACCUGAUAUCAUUUUUCUUAUAUAUUUGCCAAGUUUUGGAGCAAGGGAAUGAUUGUAGUAAAUGAUACAUAUUUUCCUUUCUUAAAAUUUAUCACUUUAUUCUUUGGUGGUUUAUUUGUUUUGGAGACGUGGCCUAUCAAUUAUGGGUAUGUGCAAUUGGGUUUUGAAAAAUAAAACUAUUUAAAUGGUUAACCAUGAGAUAUGUGGAAAUCUAACUGGGUUUUCAUUAAUCCCAUUUCUCCUACCUUGUGUAGAUAGGUUAUUGCUAGAGUUACAAUAUUUAUAUUUAAAAUAUCUUAUUUGAACUGUGAAAAGUGGUUCAUAUAGUACACUUUGUGGAACAAUUUUGUAUCAUUGCCCCUCAUGAAAAGUUCAAUCUCUGCGUAUUUAAUGGUACCACUUGGUAAAGCGUACAACACUGUAAGCUGAGAACAAGGCAUUAUUAAUGUAAAAACACUGGGCUGUUUCCUCCCACACACACAGAACAUUCGGAGCUUCUCCAAGUAGGGAGCAGAUCUAACGGCACCUACUCCCUUGACUCCUUCUCUGUCCACACUGGAAAAUUAAGCUGUCUGAGAAAGUAGUUCAUGGAGCAAGUUAAAUCAUUGAGCCCCUUGAGCUAUCACUGUACGAACUAUACAUAACUUUUGUCCUUGCAGCAUCAUUGGUAAAAUAAACUUUUCAUGUUUAACAAAUUAUUUUGGCCACAACUGACAAAACCUAUGUGAGGGUGACUAUGACAUCUUUUAGUUUGGUAUAAAUGUAUAUUCUUGUACAAUUGAGCAGCCUGUAGUAUGUUAUAAAUUUUGAGAGAAAAAAAGGUGAUUUAUUACGGAUCACAGGUCAUAAGUGGGCAUAAUCCCUGAUGUACACUAGUAGAUGUGUCUCCCACUGAGAUCCUAGGGGUUUUGUGAAGUGGAGGGCCUAAGGCUUGGAAUGAAAUAGGAAUCAAUCAGUUGUAAUAUUUUAUCUUGGAAGAAUGAGGAGAGAUUGAAACUAGAGGAUUUUUCAGCCUUCAGAGCUUGGUAAGAGGUUGUACACAGACUUGGCAGUGGCUUUCUAGACAUAAGACUGAAGACAUGUUAGAGCUGAAUAAAUCAUUUGAAAUGACCAUGUAACGUAUUUUUGACAUGGUUUAUCUGAAGACUCUGAAAACACACCCGUCUGGGCUUAUCAGGUUUCUGGGUGCAUUGCUGUUCUAUCUUCUGUUUCAACAGUUAGGUCAAUAAAUAAAGACCGUAUGAAUUUCGAAUACUGGAAUUUCUGGCAUAGCAAAUUGGUAGGGAGCAUGGAACAUAAGGAUGGGUGAAGGUGUUACAUCCUGGGACAUCCCUCCCUGACAACUGAAAGACAUGGAGGUCUAUAGAAUCAAAAUAAUGUGUUGGGGCCAUCGCUCCUAGAAAAUGUGACAGUUUGUCCAUGUUUCCCAGCUGGAAAACGACUUCAUUUUUAAUGUGUUUUAAGCUUACAUUCAGCUACACUCCCAGCCUCAGGAUCCAACCCUGGACCUCCUUUUAUUUUUCUUAAAAAAAAAAAAAAAAGACGUAUUAUUUUUGUAAUCGCAAAGUCCUGCAAUUAAAUAAAAGCAUCAGUUCGGUCCAUCAGAGGAGUAGCAGGUUACCCAGCAGCUGAAAUGAUAAGCUCUCUUUUUCUGAAUGGGCCAGAGACCUGAUGUGCAAGUCUCGAGGAAGCAAGACUUUAAUGUAGUCUGUCUGCUUUUAGUUAGACUCUUGGUGCUCCGCUGUUAUCCCUGACGCACUAGUUGCCUUCAGUGGCAUUGGAUGAGUUUUAUGUUUACUUCCUCUGGUGUAAGACUGGCUUAGGAUAGAAAGUCAGUGAUGGUACAGAUUAACAUAAUUCUAAUCAAUGGUAGUGGGGUGUUACGAGUGAAGAGGUGUAAUUGGGGAAAGAAGGAAGUGAGAAAGUACUGAAUGGUUCUGAUUUAAGGCAGAGUAGCAAUUAUAAUACGUGUAUUUUACAAACAUGCAUGUAACUAGAGGCUUCCCUGGAAAUACGUAAGUGUUAAAAGGUCAAUUUUUUGCUGGUUAUCUUGGCCAAAUAUCUUCAGAAAUCGAUGCAAGAUACUAGAUAAAAGAAACUAGAAUCACUUCGUUUAAUUUUUUCCCUGAGUUACAAAGAAACACGUUUAUGUAAUCUUCUUUGAAGGACUCUUCUGCAUUCUUUUCUGAAUGAAUGUUCUCUGAAUGAGCUCUGUCCUCAUCCGAGCCACUGAUGAAUACGUUCUCUAGCACAAGGCAGCAUUACAAGGAAUUAUUUUUCAGUAUGUCUCUUCAUAGCAGUAGAAACUACAGCACAAUUACCUAAACACUUCUCCUUGGUAAUUAUAAGAAUUAAAGAAUCUAAAACAUUAAAGAUUUACCCUGCAGCACAUUCAGAGGGUAAAGACCAUCAAAAUUACCCUCCCAGAGAAUUUGAGAUAAAAUACUUGUCUUGGACACUCCUUAAAAAACAAAAGCAAAAACAAAAACGAAAAAAACCUUUGCAUUUAUUCAGCAAAUUCUGGCAAAACAAAUUCUUUGCUUAAAACAUUCUGGUAUUAUAUAAGGAACAAUAAACUAAAAUGUAUGUGGUAUCUGUAUCCUCAUCACUAUCAAUAAAGCUGUAUUCAGUAAGAGCUUAGUCAAUGAUCAAA